UAUAUGAAGAUGCGACAAAUGGCGGACAGAAACAGGCAGGCUCCCAGGCACGCAGAACAGGAGGAAGAAAUUACUGUUGAACCGGCCUUGUUCUUCAUUUCAUUGGCUAUACCCCAAUCCCCGGCCCUUAAUUGCGGCCUCAACCCGUACCAGUGAAUGCGCCGACAUGAGCGCCGCUCGAGGAGAGCACUGCACGCGCGCGCUGUUUCUAUGCUAGGCCCUUUAGAGUGGUUGGCCGUUGUAGCGAAUAUGAUACAAUGCGUCCAGAAUGUUGUGUGCCGAGCUGGCCUGGAAUGCGCCGUGGCAAUCCAGUAUCCACAGCCUCCAUCCUGCUGCCCAACUCAUGAUCCACAAUAUGCCAUACCAUGCGCCUGAGGAACGCCGACAAUAGGCGCACGCAAGAAUACGAAAAGGGCAAUCCAUUAGGUGAU